AUGAUCUUCGAACCGGCCGAGCGGGUGUUGCUCCCCACCAAAGACCUGCUGUCGUUCAUUUUCGAUGACCCUCCAUAUGAUCAGGAUACGCCGAUCUAUGUGGACACGCAUAAUCCGUCGCGGUCGAUCUCCUGCAACGAAGCUAGGAAGUUGAUUCGCCGACUCAUUGCGGGCUUGCGCGCGGCAGGGUUGCAGCAGGGCGAUUGUGUGCUAAUACACUCGUUCAACGACGUAAGUGGUGGACAUUCCGCUCGUAUCCCACGCCGCAGCAUCGGCUCACACGCCAAGAGCACAGAUCAACUACAGUAUACUCGUGCUCGCCAUCAUCGGGGCCGGGGGAUCUUCACGGGGUCUAAUCCAGCAUACACCCCGAACGAACUCGCGCAUCAUAUCAAAACAUCUGAGAGUAAAUUCUUAAUCUCCGAGCCCGAGAUCCUCGAUCCUCUCCUGUGCGCGGCAGCAGAAAGAAACAUCCCGGAUCAGCAUGUCUGGGUGUUUGACAACCUCGGGCAGCCCAUCCCCGCGGGACGGCAGUCCUGGAAGGACCUCCUGAGCGUUGGAGAAGAAGACUGGGUUCGAUUCAAUGAUCUCGCCACGGUGCAGUCCACCACAGCCGCGAGGCUGUUCAGCAGCGGAACCACGGGGCUCCCCAAAGCCGUGACAAUCACGCAUUACAAUCUGAUUGCCCAGCACGAACUUGUUCUUGGAGUCAAUACGCGUCCCUAUCCGAUCUCGCGCAUCAUUGCAGUUCCGGUUUUCCACGCAUCAGCGGCCCCGGUCACUCACAUUUCGACUCUCAAAGCGGGAAACGUGGUGUACAUGAUGCGCCGUUUCGACCUCGAAGGGUACCUUUCCACCGUGGAAAAAUAUAACAUCACCGAUCUGGCGAUGGUACCCCCCAUCGUCAUCGCAAUUCUGAUGUCCCCGCUAUCUCAGAAGAGGCCAUUCCUUCGUAAGGUGCGUCUCGCAGCGUGCGGAGCCGCGCCUUUGGAUAAGGACGUCCAGGCUCGCUUUCGCUCGUUAAUGGGCGAUGACGGUCCUUUCACGCAAGUCUGGGGGAUGACAGAGACAUCCUGCAUAGCGACCAUGUUCCCGUACCCCGAACAUGACGAUACGGGCUCCGUGGGCCGACUCAUACCUAACCUGGAAGCCAAGCUCAUCGACGAAGAUGGCAACAACAUUUCCGCCUUUGGUGUGCGUGGAGAGUUGUGUGUGCGCGGACCCACAGUGACACCGGGGUACUACAAGAACCCCGCCGCCAAUGCCCAGUCGUUUGACUCGGACGGCUGGUUCAAGACAGGAGACAUUGCAUAUUGUGACCAAGCUACCCGGAAAUGGUACAUCGUGGAUCGCAAGAAAGAACUGAUCAAAGUCCGCGGCUUCCAGGUGGCCCCUCCCGAGCUGGAGGCCGUCCUCCUCUCGCACCCGCAGAUCAUUGAUGCAGCCGUAAUCGGAAUUACCAUUCCCGGGGCGAAUAUCGAAUUUCCGCGUGCGUACGUGGUACGGCGGCCAACAGAAGACGGAGCGAAGAUCACUGAGGACGACAUCAAAUCCUAUAUCUUGGAGCGUCUGGCAAGAUACAAGGCGCUCACGGGCGGGGUGAAGUUCGUGGGGGCCAUUGCAAGGAAUCCGAGUGGUAAGAUCCUCAAGCGAGUUCUGCGGGAGGAUGCGAAGAAGGAAUUCGAAGCUGGGGCCAUCAAACCAAACCUGUGA